UAUGGAUCAGUUUAUUGCUUUGUUAAGUGAUAAAUAAAAAGGAUUAGAAAUAGCUAAAGCAGUUGAAAAUAAGUAACAAUAAUAUAUCUAUUAUAGUUAAGAUGUAACUGAAUUUAUUGAAGCCAUGAAGAAAAUCAUGAAAGAAAAGCAUCCUCCAAAAGAAUGUGUUUAUGGUUUGAAAAUAGUAAAGGAUUGUAUUGAAAAGUUCAAUAAUGAUUUUAAGAAUAGAGUCAAAAAUGAAUUGAUAGAACUAAUUUAUGAAGUAGCCACAUACAGAAUUAAGGAUAUGGAUGAUUCAAGAGGGACAACAUAUUUCAAAAAUCCAGAGCAUGAGAAAUAGAUAGAAUAAUAUGGAGCAAGUUAUAUACGAUUAGCAUUAGAUUGUAUUAGAGUAUGGGCACUUUGGUUUCCUGAUUUCAAAGUAUAUGGAUAGAGAUUAGAAAAGGAAUAAGGAUAUUUACCAAAAAUAAAUUAUUUCAAAUAAGAAUUAAUUGAUGAACAUUUAAAUAAGUAAUAAAUAUCAUCAACACCUCAUGAAGAUAAUAGUUAAAUUCAAAAUAAAAUUAGAUAAUUGAAUUAAUAAUUAAUAAAUUAUUUGUAAUCUCAUACUGAAGUAAAUUCAUUCCUUAAAGAUGAAUUGGAGAAAAUAAAUGUUUAAAUUGAAGAUUUAGUUUGUUAGGAAGUAUAAGAUACAUUUUUAGAUGAAUUUGUCUUAACAUAUCCUGAAUUUUAAAUUGGAAAAAUGUCUUAUUAAGAAUUUAGAAUGAAAUUUUUAACAAAUUCAUAAUUGAAAAAGGGUUCAUAAACUAUUUUAGAUGAAUCAAAUAUGUCAUAAUCAAUAUAAGCAUCUAAAAUCAUGAAACCAUAAUAAUAAUAAUAAUAAGUUUAUCAUGAUUAAAGUUAUAUAUUAAAAAAUGAUCAAUAAAAUGAAAUAGAAUCUCUAAAGAAUUAAUUAAAAAAAGCAUAAUUUGAAAUACAAUAACUUAGUUCUACUAUUUAAUAAAAUGAUAAAAAGAUAUAAGAAUUACAACAUGAAUUAUAACAUUAUAAAGUUUAAAUAAAUAAUCAAUAAAAUUAAUAAGAUACAUAAAAUUAAAUUCUUUUGAAAGAAUUUUAAUAAUAAAUUGAUCAUUAUAAGAAAUUAUAUGAAUCAUCUUUAAAAUAAUAAAAUUAAGAAUAAUAAUUAUAAUAAUAGGUUCAAAAUUAAUAAUAAACAGAAAUAUAAUAAUAAGAAUAAUAAACAGAAAUAUAAUAAUAAUUAUUAUAAUAAAAUUAACAAAUUUAAAAUUUAUAAGAAGAAUUAGAAAAUCUUAAAGUUGAAAAAAAUCUUUUAUUGGAAUAAUAAAAACAUCAUUAAUAAUAAGGUAUUUCCACUUUUAAUGAAUAUGAUUACAUUAAUUUAAAAAAGAAAUAUGAUUAAUUAGAUAGCAAAUACUUUUUAUUAAAAUAAGAAAACCAUAAAUUAAAAUAAACAAAUAUAGAAUAUGGAAAUUAAUCAGUAAAUUAAAGUAGAAUAAGUGAAAGUUUUGCUAAAGAAUAAGAUUAUAAAGAUGAGAAUACAAAUGUUGUUUUCAAUAAUUUCAAAGAAUCUGAUUUAUGGUAAGUUACAUCUAAUACAAACUUAAAUUAAUCAAUAUUGAAUUCUAGAAUGAAAGAUGUUUCAGAAUUAAUUUAUCCUCAUAAAACUGCAGCUGAAUAUUAUAGAUAGAAUGGAAAAAAGUAAUUUAAAGGGAAUCUGAUUAAUAGAUCUACAUUGUAAUUAUAAUUGAAUUAAACAAAUCUACUUAAUUAUAAAAAAGCAAGCUUAAAUUAAUUAGCCACAUUAUAUUAAUCUAAUAAAAUUGAAAUAAAAUCAAGAUAAUAAUUAAUUUAUGGAUUAAAUAAAUAAGAAUUCAUAUCUACAACUAUUAGUAUUAAAAAUAAGGAAUUAAAAUCUAUUUAACUUUAAAUUAUUAAUAGUAAUAAAAAUAUUUGGGUUAAUAAAGAAACUAAAAGUACUGUAUUAUAAUCAUAAUAAACUAUUUUAUAUGAAUUUAUACGAGAAGCAAAUGUUAAACUUCAUGAAUUGACAUUAAUUAAAGUAUCUGUUAGGUAUUAUUAAAAUAAUAAAUUAGUUUUGAGAAUUUUAUCCUUUAUCUACCAAGUUUCUUAAAAAAUUGUAUACAAUAUUAUCCAAUUGAUGUUAGUUCUUUCAAAACAAUGAAGAAAUAAUUUUAAGGUAAGAUUUAUGCAACUCCAUUGUUACCAAUUACUUGUAAGACAGAAUUAAAAUAAUUAAGUGAAUAAGGACAAUUAUUAAAUUAAUGGGAAUAGGAGAAUGAAGAUUUAAUAACUGAAAGUAAAUAUGCAUUUAAAGCUGUCUUAUCUAAUCAAUUAGAAUUUUAUUUAGAAUUGAUUAUGACACCUUGUGAUGAAUUUCUAUUUAGAGGAUUCACAAGUUUUGAUGAAGAAACAUUACAGUUCGUAUUAAAUGGACUAUCAAAUUUAUACAGUUGA